AUGAAUGAAACUACAGACAAACUUAACUCUUCUCUUAUUCUUCCUUUCAGUAAGGACUAUGAGUUCUGUUCAAAUGGUGUGUAUUUCUAUUGUGGAAAGAUGGGUUCAGGUAAGACAUUUAACCUCAUUCGUCAUAUACUCAUAACAGAACGUUUAGGAAAUGACUCAUAUUAUGACCAAAUCAUUAUAUCAGCAACUUCAGACUCUAUGGACUCAACAGCGAAAACAUUUAUGUCAAAAGUUCAAGCCUCUGUCGUUAAAGUUCCAGACAGUGAACUCAUUGAAUUUCUUCAACGUUACAUUCGACGUAAGAGGAAAUAUUAUGCCAUCGUUGAAUUUAUACAGUCAGGAAUGCAAAAGACUUCUGAGGAGAUGGAAAGAAUUAUUGACAAACACCACUUACGUCAAUACUCAGGAGUUUACGAUAUGAAACGACUUACAAACUACAUUCUGUCAAAACUUUCAAAAUACCCCUUCAAAAAAUAUCCUCAAACACUUUAUUAG